AUGAAGUUGUUUGCCGGGCACUGUACACUCCUCCUGGCAGCAAUCCUUGGCUUCCAACAACCGGUCACUGGGAAUACCAUUAGGCAGCCGACUAGCCACACUCUCGACAAGUACAGCAGUACGCCAGUAGCUCUCCAGCGGAGGGAGAGAAGCCGUCGCGGUGAUGAUAAGUUUGAAAACCUGGGCUACGGUCCAGGGUAUGGCACUGUCAGACCCAUGGGCGCGUACAAAGAGACGGGCCAGACAAGACUUGCUGCCUACGAGAAGGCCGUCAAAGACAAAACUCCUGACACCACGAUCUAUGACGACGUAGAUGAGGGCGCCACGGGCGCUAAGGAACACACAUCGUUCAUGAACAUCUUUAAGCUCGAACCAGACUACUUCUACAUAGGCGAGGAAAAGGCCAUUGUCAGCGAGCACCCUGAACUCCAGGUUUUCAAAUCCUCAGAUACUGGCGUCGACCUCGGUUCCAUCAAGGAGUUGAAGAGAAUCGCCAUCGUAAGCAGCACCCAAGGCAGCUCCGGGGAUGAAGGUACCGCCGCGGACUACACCGGAGAAUACGACACGAACACUGUCGUCUCCGGCCUAUACGACACAGGCGGUCAGGUCAUCAUUGGCGAGGAUGCGUUCAAGAGAAACAACAGGGUGCCGAGCGGCCCCAAACACGUGCCCCUGAACGAGAUCACCUGGCAAUCAUACGCCAGCGUCGCGAAGGCGGACACGAAGAAUCUGAAGGUGUAUUUCCUGACGAACGUGAUGAACAAGGGUUUCUGGGCAAUCACGGCGCAGAACUACGAGGAGGCUGGCAUCCCCGUCGACCAGGUGGCUGUCUGGGAGCCGAAGCACGGCGAUGCCUUCCUGCGCCUGUUGGGGAGCGACGUUAUCAACAGUAAACUGGUCGCCUUGGCCAAUCACCACAACGCUGCUGGCGACAGGGAAGUCGCCAAGGUCAUCACCAUGCCUAAAUACGUCCCCGGGUCUCAGGGCCAGUUUGCUGCCGCUCUUGUCCUGAAAUAG